AUGUUGUUUGAAGAAUUCAAAAUUUCAUUUUUCAAAAUAUAUCUCACUUUAUAACAUGUAAAUUUUGUGAAAUGAAAAUAUUUUCAAUUAUAAUGUUGUAGAUCUGAUUGAGUUCUAUGACUUUGAUACGGGGCAUGUAUCCAUCCAUGUCAUUUGAAAAAAAACUCAAAAUUUUGUUUUUAAAAGUAGAUCUGAUCACUUGUAAUGCAUGUUCGGGGAUGUAAACGAUCUCUAAUAGAAAUGUUGUUAGUUAUAAAGUUGUGGAUAUCAUUGAGAGCUACAACUUUUAUAUAGGACAUGUUUCAAUCCGAGGUUUUUUUGCAAAAUUUAAAAAUUUGAAUUUUCACUCAUCACUGACGGGUCAUAACUACCACCCGUCAGAGAUAACGUUAUCUGUGACGUGUGUUAGUUAAAGACCCGUCAGAGAUGAGUGGUCUCUUUUGUAAUGGUUCAUAAUACUACACCCGUCACAGAUGACAUGUCAUGUGUGACGAGCCAUGGUUGUGACCCGUCACAGACGAUCUGUGACGGGUUACAAGUGCAAGCCGUCACAGAUGACUUCACAUCUGUGACGGGUCCUCCCUGGUAGCCAUAUAUUGAAGAGGAUAUUUUUUCGGCCCGUCAGAGAUGACUCAUCUUUGACGAGUUGCGUUGGCCCGUCACAGAUGACCCGUCACUGAAGCCCGGAUCUGUAGUAGUGAAUACCAGCUUCCAUAGGGAACUUAAAAAAACUGACAAAAUUGGCACUGUACAAUUGCCACUUUUCAGGAGUGAUAGCUCCACAGAUCUUAAAUUUGACUCAUUUGCAAUACCUCCUGCUCCAUUCAAACAAUUUAGUUGGCACAGUGGAGCUAUCAUCGUACUCCAAAAUGCAAAAUCUCUCUGCCCUGAAUCUCUCAAAUAAUAGACUAGUUGUGAUGGAUGGUGAAAAUAGUUCUUCAGUAGUGUCCUACCCUAGUAUUGUCUUGUUACGACUAGCAUCUUGCAGUAUAUCUAGCUUCCCUAACAUCUUGCAGCAUCUCCAUGAGAUUACUUUUCUUGAUCUUUCGUAUAAUCAAAUCCAAGGAGCAAUACCUCUGUGGGCAUGGAAGACCUUGAACCUAGGCUUUGCCUUGUUCAACCUAUCACAUAAUAAGUUUACGAGUAUUGGAUCUGAUCACCCUUUGCUUCCUGUUUACAUUGAAUUCUUCGAUCUCAGUUUCAACAAUAUUGAAGGGGUAAUACCUAUACCAAAAGAAGGAAGUGUCACCCUUGAUUACUCCAACAACCGGUUCUCAUCUCUGCCUCUCAAUUUCUCUACUUACCUAUCAAAUACUGUCCUUUUCAAGGCCUCCAAUAAUAGCAUAUCUGGAAACAUUCCACCAUCCAUCUGUGAUAGGAUUAAGAGUUUACAACUCAUUGAUCUCUCUAACAACAAUUUGACUGGCUUAAUACCAUCGUGUCUGAUGGAGGAUGCAGAUGCACUGCAGGUGCUAAGUCUAAAGGAUAAUCAUCUUACCGGCGAGUUACCUGAUAAUAUCAAGGAAGGUUGUGCAUUAAGCGCAUUAGAUUUCAGCGGCAAUUCGAUUCAAGGACAACUACCAAGAUCUUUGGUCGCUUGCAGGAAUCUGGAGAUCCUUGACAUUGGAAACAAUAAAAUUAGUGACUCUUUCCCAUGUUGGAUGAGUAAACUUCCUCAACUUCAAGUCCUGGUCCUCAAGUCUAACAAGUUCAUUGGGCAGAUAUUGGAUCCUUCUUAUACUGGAGGUGGAAACAACUGUCAAUUUACGAAACUGCAGUUUGCUGAUAUGUCAUCGAACAACCUCAGUGGCACAUUGCCAGAAGAGUGGUUCAAGAUGCUCAAAUCAAUGAUAAUGGACACGUGUGAUAAUGAUAUGUUAAUGAGAGAACAACAUCUGUAUUACCGUGGCAAGAUGCAGUCAUACCAGUUCACUGCUGGAAUCUCAUACAAAGGUAGUGGCCUGACGAUUUCCAAGACCUUAAGAACACUUGUACUCAUUGAUGUCUCAAAUAACGCUUUCCAUGGUAGAAUCCCUAGAAGCAUUGGGGAACUUGUGUUGCUUCGUGCUCUCAACAUGUCUCAUAAUGCUCUUACGGGUCCAAUCCCAGUUCAGUUUGCUAACUUGAAACAACUUGAAUUGUUAGACCUCUCGUCAAAUGAGCUUUCUGGGGAAAUCCUUUGAAAAUUAGCACCUCGAGAAAUGUUUUUGCCACCUUUGAAAUCGAGCCAUAGAUAUUUGAUCCUCUUUGUCUUGACUGCUUGAGAUUUGGUGUCUGCUCUAGAAUUACAAUUCUAGCAAUAUGUUGAAGUAAUCUUGUGAGAGUACUUCUAUAGACAAUAGACUAAAAGAUUAUUUUUGUUAUUGACCCUUGAUCACCUCAGAAACAAUCAGAAAGAGAAGGUCCUGAAACUAUAUCAAAUUAAGCAUCUUUGCCUCUGCAAUUCUCUAGCUUGGAAAGAAAACAAUCGUGUAUAUUGUUUUUUAAGUAGAGUUUGACUGACUUGUAUACAGAGUGUCAGAGUUAUGGUAAUUUUGGUGCUUUAUUUUUGUUUUAUGGAAGAAAUAGAGGUGUUUGAUUGACAGUGAAAUAUCAUUUUCUAUCCUGGUGUCGUGGAACCUUCAUAUAGUGGGUAAAUGAAUAUGCAUGU